GGAGUUUUCAUCCAAUCAAAAGGUUGAGCUGAUAGAACAGUACCUUCAUCAGAUUGAAUAUGCUGAGUCUGACAAUUCCCGUUGGACAGUCGCAGAAUCCUCUUUGAAGAAAGUUUCGUUCGUGAGUCUGCGGUCAAUCCUCGCUCCUUGCAAGGCUGCAACAAAGCAGUGACACAACAACAAACCUUUGGCUCCUAUUUUACGCUUACGCCCAUCGUCGCUUCCUGCAAUCUUACGCUACCAAAUCUCAUCAACACUUUAAUUAACCGUCAACGUACUGGCUAAGCCUUUUUCUCCUCCUUUCGGGUGUUCUGUUUCUAUUCUGUUUUUGAAGCAGCUAUUCUGUUUUAUUAUUUUCUUCCUCGUUCUGAUUAUCUAAUUGUAAUAUUUCUAGCUAAUUGUCAAUUGUUGUUCUACUCGAUCUUGUUUUGUUUCCUCGGGUUUGUCUGGUUUUCUGUUUUGAUGGGAUAUGGUUGUUAAAAACUGGGUUUAGUGGGGACUGAAGCAGUGGAAGGAAAACGGACGCCCGAGAACUGGAGUUUUUUCUCCCCUAUCAGAUGGGUGGGGAUUGUCCAGUUCAGGCCGUGAUUAUUUUUUCCCCUUUAAUUUUUACACUCGUUGCCCGUUGGAUUUGACCAAAUUGGCUGUUGUACAGGCUGAGUGAAGAAUAGCAAUGCUGUUGGCUUUUGGGGUGCGCUUGUUACUGUACCGCCUUCUAUUUCUAAUAUGUAUCAUCUUAAGAUCUGUGGGACAAGGGAAUGCAGGAAUCACAAGCACUUUUAUUCGUUCUGAAUGGCCAUCGGUUGAUAUCCCUCUUGAUAAUGAAAUCUUUUCAAUCCCAAAAGUUCAUAACGCCCCACAACAAGUGCAUAUCACUCAAGGUGACUAUGAUGGAAAGGCUAUAAUAAUUUCAUGGGUUACAAUUGAUGAACCAGGAAACAGCAAAGUACAAUAUGGCACAUCAAAGCAGAAAUAUGAUUUUACUGCCGAUGGCACAGUGAAAAACUAUACCUUUUCAACCUAUAAGUCCGGCUACAUUCAUCACUGCCUUGUUGAUGGCCUUGAGUAUAACACGAAGUACUACUACAAGGUUGGAGUUGGUGAUUCUUCUCGUGAAUUUUGGUUUCAAACACCUCCAAAUAUUGAUCCAGACGCUUCCUAUACUUUUGGAAUUAUUGGUGAUUUGGGUCAAACGUAUAAUUCUCUUUCCACUCUUGAGCAUUACAUGCAGAGUGGGGGACAGACUGUCUUAUAUGUUGGUGAUCUCUCUUAUGCUGAUAGAUAUGAAUACAACAAGAUUGGUAUUCGAUGGGACGCAUGGGGCCGUUUUAUUGAGCGAAGUACUGCAUAUCAGCCAUGGAUUUGGUCAGCUGGGAAUCAUGAAAUAGAGUACAUGCCAAAUGUGGGAGAAGUUCUGCCUUUCAAGUCAUAUCUACAUCGAUUUGCUACACCCAAUAUAGCAUCACAUAGCACCAGUCCUCUCUGGUAUGCUGUUCGAAGGGCGUCUGCACAUAUUGUUGUCCUAUCCAGCUAUUCUCCAUUUGUGAAAUAUACACUUCAAUGGAGUUGGCUGCAAGAAGAGCUAAAAAGAGUGGAUAGGAGGAAGACGCCUUGGCUUAUUAUUCUCCUGCAUGUGCCCAUCUACAGUAGUAACUCAGUCCACUAUAUGGAAGGUGAAAGUAUGCGAGCUGUCUUUGAGAGAUGGUUUGUCUGUUAUAGAGUUGAUUUCGUAUUUGCUGGCCACGUUCAUGCCUAUGAAAGAUCGUAUCGCAUCUCGAAUAUACAUUACAAUGUGUCAAGCGGUGACCGUUAUCCUGUACCUGAUGAAUCAGCUCCAGUGUACAUAACUGUUGGGGAUGGAGGAAAUCAGGAAGGUCUUGCUGGAAGGUUUUGGGACCCACAACCAGAUUAUUCUGCAUUCCGUGAAGCCAGUUAUGGUCAUUCUACAUUGGAGAUCAGGAACAGAACCCAUGCGUUUUACCAUUGGAAUCGAAAUGAUGAUGGGAAAAAAGCAGAGACAGAUUCAGUAACAUUUUACAAUCAGUACUGGACAAGCAAUAAGCGGAGGAGGAGAUUAAAGAAAAGUCAUUGUAAGCUGUAGGAGAAAUCAGCUGCUGAAAUAGUUGGAUUAAGAUCUGUCGUUCCUUGAAUCUAUUCAAUUACAUUUACGGAUCUGUUGGUGCAAGCAGUCUGGGACUACUCUUUCCACUGCAAAGAUUUGCCACGACAAAUGCCGGGUGACGGGCUGUAUUAUCAAUUGUACCUUAUUUUCUUGGAUGAGUAAGAUAUAUAGACAGUUUAGUCAAAGGAAAUUUUGGUAUUCAAUGUCCAUGGAAAACCAUUCAAGCAUGUGAAUUUUAUACGAAAUAUAGCAAAGAAGUUCAUAGUGUUCCUGUUGCAUAUGAAAUGAGUUGGUUUGGGUUCCUGUUAACAGGAUACCUUGUAGGGAGUUUCAGAAAGUGAAGUACGAGUUUAAUCCAUUUUUAUGGAAAUGGCAGAGCACAUUCUUGAUGACUUUACUGUAAUAUUAAUCCACUGGUUGCAUUCCUGGGGAAA